UUUAGGAAGAGAGAGUGUGUGCAGUGUGUUGCAGGCACGUCUUUUCCGAGCUGGCGGACUGGCCGGUCCAUGGAUCGUAGGCUGGUCACCUGAGCGAAGAGUCCCUCCCGGUGAAUUUCUGCUUCUUCACCUCCGCACGUUUGCUUCUCCCGUCGACUCACCUGCAUUCCUUAUUACUUGCCCUACCACCAUGCUGCUGAAGUGACUGCAGCGACUACACUUCCUUGAGAAUGGACAGUCGCAGGCAGAAGAGGUUCGAGCUCCGCGUCUCUGCCUGAUCCUCCCUCCCCCCCAACCAUGGCCAACGACUCCGCGCCCAUCCAGGGCAUCGCCGGCCACUACACCGGCGACAGCUUAGCUCUCCAAGCGACACUAGCGACCUUGCUCGGCUGCGCCCUGUACAGCGCUCUCGAACUCAUCCUGCUCAUCUUCGUGACCUUCCACCACUACGCGGGGCUCUACUUCUGGAGUCUCCUCCUCUCGACCAGCCUGGGCAUCGUCCCGCAGUCGCUGGGCCUCCUCCUGAAAUACUUCAAGCUGGCGCCGAUCUACCUGUCCGUCACGCUGACGACCUUCGGCUGGGCGAUCAUGGUGACCGGGCAGUCGGUGGUGCUAUACUCGCGGCUGCACCUGGUGGUGCGCAACGCGGUGGUGCUGCGCAGCGUGCUCACGAUGAUCGUCGUGGACGCGAUCAUCAUCCAGAUCCCGCACAUCGUGUUCUCGUACGGCGUGAUCGCCGACGACUCCGGGAGCCGCUACAUGCGCAUCUACACCAUCUGGGAGAAGCUGCAGAUGACCGUCUUCUUCACCCAGGAGGUCAUCAUCUCCGCCAUCUUCCUCGUCCAGACCGUCCGCCUGCUCACCCUCUACCCCAACCGCAGCAAGCGCCGCUCCCUCAUCAUGUACCAGCUGCUGGGCAUCAACGCCGCCAUCAUCCUCAUGGACAUCUCCCUGCUCGUCCUCGAGUACCUCAAUAUCUACAUUAUUCAGGUCUCGCUCAAGACUUUCUUCUAUACCAUCAAGUUCAAGCUGGAGUUCGCCGUGCUGUCGCGGCUGGUCUCGUUCGUGAACUAUGAGCCCGAGCAGGACUCGGCGAUGACGGUGCUGAGUUAGGGUGUCGGGAGACUUUCAUCGAUUCAGGUAAUCGAUGGUAAAUAUUAUAAUGCAGAUAUCAAUAAUGGUUGUCACGGUUUCAAGAGCUGGGGCCUUCAGAGCCUUAUGGCUCAGUUCAGGCCGGUCGGAUUCAAGACGCCC